GAGAGAGAAAGAGAGUGAGGUCCAUGUGUUUGCACAUUGCUGCUAUCAUAUUUUCAGUCAGCCUUCUUCUUCUUCUUGAGACAAAGAUGCAGGUUGUUAGUCGAGGACGAACACUUUGGAUUUACACUCUGAUUUUUAUUUCUCUACAACUUUGCAUCACAGAGGCACAACUUUCUACUUCCACUUCCCCUGCCAGUCUUCCAGCUCCUGCCCUGGACAUCUAUCUGAGGUCAAAGGACUCAGUGGUCCUGACCUGUGAGGUCCCACACGGCCAUCAUGGGGUUAUCGUCAUGUUAUACAGAUUCAGAGAGAUGGUGGACUCUCAGGAGCUGCAGUCCGGUGCUGGGGAGGUUCAGUUCACCGUCAAGGUAAAGGAGGAGGUUUUGGAUGAACUGUUCUGCUGUCUGUACAGGAACAGUGGAGGCAGCUACAGCGCAUUCAGUCCCUAUUUGAAGCUGGAGCACCAAAAAGUUUAUCUGCCACCAGACAAGCUCCCACUGCCCACUCUGGUUCUCCACCAGCAGACAGACGUUUGGCAUCUGCUCUGCACGGGCUCUCCUGCGUACCCCGGUGCUGUGUUCUCCCUCUACCUGGCAGAUAAUGAGCUUCCUGUUGCCACACACCACGCCAAAGUGAUCCAGCACCAGGCCACUUUCCCAGUGCCUGUCCAAGACUCUCCAGUGGUUCUGUACCAGUGCCAGUACAGUGUCCUUCUGGGAAAGACAUGGAGCAACUCCGAGCGCAGUCGCCCUUUGUCUGUAAUCAAAGGAGUUCCCCCUCCUUCUUCACCAGGUUUGUCAGGUGUGGACUGGCCUCUGGUGCUCGGAUCUCUCUCGGCUGUGGUGUUGUUCCUCUGCUCGGUGGCUCUGGUAGUUGUGGCUGCACACAGGACAGUAAAAGCAACAGCUGAGAAAAAGAAGACAAGAGAGCAGGCACAGUUCUGGACUCGAGUUCAUGCCAAGGAUCACGUUGUUGACCUUACACUCAGGAGGUCAAGCAUCACCUCUCAGGAAUGGAUCAAUGGCGGCACUGAGACCACCUCCAGAUCUCCGUUAUGGAACUCUCUCUCCACGUUCACAACCCCGACCCAUUAGAGAUGUUUGUUAUGUUUGUAAUCUCUCUCUGUGUGUGCGUGUGUGUGUGUUUGUUUUACACUUUAUCGUAGGUGAUCAGGGUAACAUCAGUUGUAGUUGUACAGCGGGACAGGAAGUGCUGUUUCCUAAGUUCCUGUUUCAUGUGCGGCAGUAAAAUUGUACAAUUUGUCAGGAUGUGAUGUUUGAUCUUACACGUAAACUAAGCAUGUGGAUUUAAAUACAGAUUUUUAUUUUUUAUGACCACUAUCAUUUUCAGUGUUUGUAUGUGGCAUUUGUACUUGUGAAUAACUUAUAUAAAGCUUUUAUGUUUAUUAUUGAACUUGGAAAAAGCAGCUUACUAAACAAUCUCUGGAGCUUUCAGCUACAUUACAUGACCUUCAUCAGGGGGUGGAGUUUGUCCAGAUGUCAUGAAGUAUAAUUUUGAAAUAUGAAGGUUUAUGAAACGAUCCAGCAGUGUGAAAUGAUCUAAAUGUUUUGGCCAAGC